AUGAAGUAUUAUUAUGGAAAACGUGUUGAAAUUAAGCAGAAUGUUUCAUUAGAGGUACAUGAGCUACACAAGACCAUCAGUUGUUAUGAUGAUGAGCUGAAAGGAAAGAGUGAUCCAGCUCGAAGGUACUUGGCAAAAGCUACUACACUUGACAAACUUUUUGGUCCAGCAUGGCUGGCGUAUGGUCAUUCUUUUGCUACUGAGAAUGAACAUGAUCAGGCUAUGGCAGCGUAUUUCAAGGCAUCACAGUUGAUGAAGGGGUGUCACCUCCCACUUUUGUAUAUUGGACUUGAAAAUGGCCUUACAAACAAUGUUAGGCUAGCCGAUAAAUUUCUGAAGCAAGCUGCAGAAAUUGCUGAGGGAGAUCCAUUUGUUUUACAUGAAAUGGGUACAAUUGCCUAUCAGAAUCAAGACUAUGCAGCAGCAGAACAACAUUUCACUGCAGCUUUGGAAAGAAUUAAGGUAGUAAAUGGAGAACUUAUUCCUUCACGAUGGGAGCCACUGUAUAAUAAUCUGGGACAUACAUACCGGAAACUCCGCAAGUAUGAGGAAGCGCUUCGCAUGCAUCAAGAGGCGUUGUUACUUUCACCAAUGAAUGCAUCAACAUAUGCUGCCAUGGCUUUUGUGAAUGCCCUGCUUGGAAACACAUCAGACGCAGUAGAUCUAUUUCAUAAAGCAUUGGGCAUACGCAGAGAUCACACAUUUAGUACAACUAUGUUGGGAUAUUUACUGGAACAGUUAAUGGUAGAGACACCCCCCUUCUCAAGUUCUUCAGAAACAAGUGCAGAUUCUUUCCUGUGGCAAAGCACUGUACCAUAUUUGGACAUUGACAGGGCAGCGCUUCCAUCCCUUCAUGAAACAUCUACAAGCAGCCUUAGUUUUGAAGUUGAAAUGCAGGAUACCUCAGCUGUUAGGAUAUUGGAGUAGUUACUGUUGAUCUUAUACCCCAAAGAACUCUCUUGUGAUAUAACUGAUAUCAGAUUCUGUGCCCUUCUUUAAAGGUUCAGGAGAUACCUCUUAAACUGCAAUGUCGGUUUUGCAGUGUAUAUGUUCUGAAUGUAGUAUGAAAUAUUUGAUAAGAAGAUAGAAAAAUUGUAAAUAACCUUUAUAUGUGUUAUUUAUUGUGAAAUGAUUUUUGUGUACAUAUUUUAUAAUCCAUGUCUGAAAAA